AAUCAAAAAGAGAAAUCCCCCCUUCCCCACUCUGCCCAAUUCCUGGGAAAUCCACCUCCGCAUCUUCAUGCUGUUCCCUCCCCCUUUCUAUCCUUCUUCCUCCAUCCCUCAUUCUUUCUCUGUGGUCCAUAAGUAAAGGAACCUCAAGCUUCAUCUUCUUCCAAUUAACCCCUAAAUUCUGCAGUGCAGGGCUGAGAAGAGGAGGAGGGGGGAAGGAAGAGGAGAAGGAGAAGCAGAAGAGCAUCUGUGCAAGGAAGCAUCCACUCCUCCUUUCCCUCCUUCUUUUCUUUUCUUUUCUCUCCCGUGCAAACACCUCCCUUUUACAUACCUCAGUCCACCAAAGACCAACUUGGACCCCCACGAAAUCAAUUUUGCCAGCCGGUGGUGGGUGCCUGUGUCCCUGUGAGAGUGUGCUGCUCAUUCUCCAAAGGACAGCAGAGAGAGCAAGAGAGAGAGAGCAUCUUUCCAGAGGAAGAAGGGGAUUUAAAAGGGCAGAAGGAUGUAACCAGCUGCCAAGCAGGAUCAUCUGCACAGCAGCCCACAAACAAGAUGAAACUCCUCCUGGGCUGGGGAAGGCGAGAACCGAGCAAAGCAGAGGAAGUAUAAUAUUUGCACACAUCUCAUUAGUUGGAUUCUCAUCCCCGAGACUUAGCAAGAGUGCGGUCGGGAGCGGCCCUGGCAAAUAAUGAGCAGAAGGCCUUCGCAAAGAAAGGCAAGCGCAAAGACCUCCAGUGACGGUGCUGCAUGGUCUCUUGACACUGCCACCUUCACUGCCCCCGGAUGGCAAGAUGAGCAGGCAGCACACUCAGUUAUGACACGAUGAAGAGCUACCAUGGCGAGCGCAGCCAGUCACGCGAACACCCUUGCCGCUGCGUCCCGGAGGCCUGCGAACAACCAAUGGAAUACAUCCACCAUAGCCAGGAAUCCCGCCAGCCAUACCUCCUUAGCCCCAGUGAGCCUUGUUCUUUGGACCACUACUGCCCAUCCCGGAGUUCUGCCGAAGCCCCCCUCAGCCUAACGGAGCCCCCCUCGGCCGCCAGUAGCAGCAGCAGCACUUUCCCUAGGAUGCACCACGCUCCCCAGCCGUACGACUCCUGUGACGAGUGCAUGGCGGCCGCUCACCCUUCCAGCAAGAUCAACCGGCUGCCCCCGACCCUCCUUGACCAGUUUGAGAAGCAGCAGCUGCCGCUCCAUCACGACGGCUUCCACACACUGCAGUACCAGCGGGCCAGCAGCACGGAGCAGCCCCGUAGCGAGAGCCCCAGCCGCAUCCGGCACCUCGUCCACUCGGUCCAGAAGCUCUUUGCCAAGUCCCACUCCCUGGAGGCCCCUUCCAAGCGGGAGUACAACGGCACCAAGAUGGAGGGCCGGGGAGGCGAAGCCGGGUACCACCACCCUCCCCAUCACCACCGCCAGUCACGCCACGGCAAGCGAAGCAAAAGCAAAGACCGUAAGCUGGAUUCCUCCUCCUCUUCCUCCCGCCACCGGAACAAGAUGAUGGGUUGGUGGAGCUCGGACGAUAACCUGGACAGCGACAGCAGCUACAUGGUGUCCGGCAGGCAACACGCUGUGGACCAGUCCACCCAGUUCUGCGUGGAUGCUCCAGAAAGUGCCUUCAGAGACUUGACCCUGAAGAGUCUGAAGAGUGGAGGCGGGGAAGGGAAAUGUUUGGCCUGCGCCGGGAUGUCCAUGUCCCUGGAUGGCCAGACUCUCAAGAGGAGUUCCUGGCACACCAUGACAGUCAGCCAAGCGCGAGAGGCCUAUCCCAGCUCAGGAGGUGGUCCAGAGAAACCAUUGAUGCUCCAAGAGGCGAAGGCCAAGGAACGGUCUUAUCAUUAUCUUCAGGUGCCCCAAGAUGACUGGGGAGGAUACCCAUCUGGGAAGGAUGGGGAGAUCCCAUGUCGGCGGAUGCGGAGUGGAAGUUACAUCAAGGCCAUGGGAGAUGAUGACAGCGGUGAUUCUGAUGCCAGCACCAAGGUGUCUUCCAAGGGGGUGACCCGGCGUGAUGGGUACCGCCGUUCCUCCAGUGUAGAUCAGGCCAGAACCAAGUUUGCAAGUAGACACUAUUCUGACUCAUAUAUCUGUAACUGUCCCAGCUGCUGCACGUCACCCCGAAUCCGGCCACGGGGACAAGGGUAUGGACGUUCCUUCACCACCGGGCAGAUUAAUGAUGAGUUGAACCACCAGUUUGAGGCCGUGUGCGAGUCCGUUUUCGGAGAGGUGGAAUCCCAGGCCGUGGAGGCCCUGGACCUGCCCGGGUGCUUUCGCAUGCGUAGCCAUAGCUACCUGAGGGCCAUCCAAGCUGGCUGCUCCCAGGAUGAUGACUGCCUCUCUCUCUUCACAAUGGCAACCACCACCCAUCAGCCUGGCCAGCCCCUCACCAGCAGCAUCCUCAAGCCAAGCACCUCCUUUACUUAUAGGAAAGCUCUGCCACCCCUUCCUUCAGGAAUCAAAGCCAAGCCCCUCAUUUCUGUGACAACGCAAAGCAGCAGCGAGUCUACCCAUGACAGCUUUCUGCCCCGAGAGGUCAGCCGGAGCCCAUCAUCCUGGUCCAAAGAGGCCACCAAGCGCUGCAACUCCACAGAGAGUUUGGAAAGCACCAAGAUCACUGCCAUGUCCCUGGAUUUGCCUUCCAUCCAACCCAGGACUGCUCCCAAACCAUCCACCCUUAUCAUCAGGACGAUUCCAGGGAGGGAAGAGCUGCGCAGUCUGGCCCGUCAGAGGAAAUGGCGUCCAUCGAUCGGAGUUCAGGUGGAAACCAUCUCCGAUUCUGACACAGAAAGCAGAAGCCACCGAGAGGUCCACUCCAUCGGGGUCCAGGUGGAAGAAGAUAAAAGGCGUGCUCGGUUCAAGCGGUCCAACAGUGUUACAGCGGGUGUGCAAGCUGACCUGGAGCUGGAAGGACUGGCAGGGCUGGCCGUGGCCACCGAAGACAAGGCCCUGCAGUUUGGACGCUCCUUCCAGCGCCAUUCCUCAGAGCCUGAGUCCACACGGCAAUACUCAGUUUACAAGACGGUGCACACGCAAGGUCAAUGGGCCUACCGGGAAGACUACCAGAUGCAGUACGACACCAUGGAAGUGCCCCGCCAGGAUUCCUGGAUGGAUCGGGGCUCACGCAGCCUGCCGGAUUCUGGCCGAGCGUCGCCUUGCCACCGGGAUGGGGAGUGGUUCAUCAAGCUCUUGCAAGCCGAGGUGGAGAAGAUGGAAAGCUGGUGCCAGCAGAUGGAACUGGAAGCUGAAGAUUAUGACCUACCAGAAGAGAUCCUUGAGAAGAUCCGCAGCGCAGUGGGCAGUGCCCAGCUCUUGAUGAACCAGAAAUUCCAGCAGUUCUACCGUCUCUGUCAGCAGAACAUGGAUCCGAAUGCUUUCCCCAUGCCCACUUUCCAGGACCUGGCUGGAUUCUGGGACCUCCUACAGCUCUCCAUUGAGGACGUCAGCAUGAAGUUUGCUGAACUUCACCAGCUCAAAGCCAACGGGUGGAAACCCAUUGAGCCCAAGGAGGAAAAGAAGGUGCCUCCACCAAUACCAAAGAAGCCGCCACGCUCCCGGCUCCACCCGGUGAAGGACCGUUCCCUGGACUCCGUUGACCGGCAAAGGCAGGAGGCCCGCAAGAGGCUCUUGGCGGCCAAGCGCGCCGCCUCUUUCCGCCAGAGCUCAGCCACAGAGAGUGCGGACAGCAUUGAGAUCUACAUCCCAGAAGCCCAGACCAGACUGUGAAAGGCCAAAGGGGAACGUCUUUUCCGACCAGUUCCUGCACAGGCCGAACGCUCAGCACACACUGUGAUCCGCGGUCUGUGCGUUCCACCACCUCUCCAGGGAGGGCAACGCUAGGCCUUGCCACAGUCUCUUUAGAAAGAAAGGAAAUUAAUAAUAAGAAUAGUCUUUUUUUUAAAAAAAACUCCUGCAAUCCAUGGACUUGAUGCCAGACAGACAUGAAAAGCAGAGUUCUGGUUUCCUCGCGUAUCACUUUGAGCAGGAUUUGGAGCAGAUUGGCCUGUGCCAAAUGGCUCCCUUCCGGUCCAGCUAGCUCGUUCUCCUCCUUCCCUUCUCUUCCCUUCCUCUGACUCUCUUCUUCUUAUAACCUUUGGCCCCAGCUCUGUUGGUGAGCGGUUCUCCCCUCUUCCCUCGCUCCUCUCCCCCUUGAACCAAGCCCUUUCCAUGAGCUUUUCUCACUGUCCUGCAGGCUCGGGGCCCCCCAUCAAUAACUCCCCAUCCCUGCGCCCCCCACCUCCCGCAUCCAUGGGUUCUAGGCCCAUCAAUAUUUAUAUAUAAAUAUAUUAUGUAUAUGUACUUCUAUAAAUAUAAGCGAAAAAGGGCAGACACUGCCCAAGACCACAGCUGUGUUUCUGAUGGCGAGAGCCUUCUCGUCUCCUCAGGAGACCCCCAACCCACCCCUUGCCAGGUCAGCAGGCCAAUUCCCCACACCCCUACACGCACAAAACAUGCCGAGAUCGCCACAUGCAGACUCACACAGAGACACGCAUAUGGGUUGAGUAGGGAGAUGGGCUGCCAGCACUAUACCUCUCAGUCCCAAAAGGCUGGCAGGCCGAGGGCUGUGGGUCAAGCAUGGCUGCCUCUUUUGUGGUGAAGGUGACGGGUUGACUUCUUGGAGUGGAUUUGGGGCCCUUGAGCUGGUUCUGUAAGGAGUGGCGGGUGAGCUGUAACAGCUGGUGCUUUCCCUGUCAGGGUGGUGGGCCCCGUCUCAGUUUUAGUUUGAACUUCUAAGGAGCUAUUCCAGGUGCUGAACACAAAUCCUAAACCAGAUUCAGUAUCUUGGAUGGCUCCUUUACUAUUUGGAGGAAAACCUAGAGCAGAUUCCACCAACAUGGAAGCCACCUGUCACAACUCUAUAGUGCAUAGAGAUUAAGUCGAAGACUUUCAUUACUGGGAUCCAUAGUUUUUGUGGCCUUUUCGGGCUAUGUGGCCAUGUUCUA